ACAGCCUUUCACUAACAGCCUGCAGCAGCCUCUCUGCCCACUGCUGCUACUCAAGCCAGUGAGACCAGCCCACGGGACCACAGAGAGACCAUGAAGAGCCUGCUCCUUCUCUCCAUUCUCGCUGCCUUGGCCUUGGUAGCUCUGUGCUACGAAUCUCAUGAAAGCAUGGAAUCCUAUGAAAUUUAUCCCUUCACUAACAGGAGAAACGCUAAUACUUUUAUAUCCCCGCAACAGAGAUGGAGAGCUAAAGCUCAUGAAAGGAUCAGAGAAAGCACCAAGCCCGCCUAUGAGAUCAAUCGGGAAGCCUGUGAUGACUUCAAGCUUUGCGAACGCUAUGCCAUGGUUUAUGGAUACAAUGCUGCCUACAAUCGCUAUUUCCGGCAGCGUCGAGGGGGCAAAUGAGAUCAGAAAAAGUCUCUUUCUUUCCAGAGCCUGGCGCUUGGUUUUGUAUUCCUUUGCAGUAGCAUCACUGAACUAUAUAAAUACAUACAAACUGCUUAUUUCUUAAAUGUUCUUGUCUGGCUACAACCCUCCUUCCUGCCCCCAGAUUGAUAAGCAAUGAAAGUGCCCUGUAGUGAAGGUCAAGAAGGACUUAAGAAGUGUAAUUAUUACAAAAUAAACUGUUGGUUGGAUACUUUCA